UCCUGUCUCUCGCUCUGGAACAUUCUCGCGAUCGUCUCGCCGUUGCCCCAUAUUUUCCGGCUCUUGAGGUCGUAUUCUUCAGGUUCCGAGUAGUCGUUGACGGGAACGAAGAAACGCUUGUUCCGAGGAAAAACGCACUUGCACUCGGGACAUUGUACUUUGUAUACGCUGCGCUUAUCAUCUCCACGCGUAAUCUCCCGUACAGAGCUGUACGACCGUGCCAAACAUCUUCGGAACCGUUUUUUUGUUCUAGCGAUCGCAUUAUAGAGAAUACAUCUGAUGAAUCGGAGGAUGAAUUGGCGCGAAUUCGCGCGCGAGCCAAGUUUCCAGAUACAACCAGAUUAGAGAAAAACGACAUAACUGUCGUCACCAAAUAUACCUCUGGAAUCGUUGAUCAGAAAAAUACGUCCAUCACACCUGUAAUACAGAGGAGAGCCGUCAAGCCACAUGGUUUUAGUGUUAAUGAAAAAUGUAGGAUAAGUAAUAGUCUUUUGCCGAAUAAGCAGCGCUUUAUACAGGAAUAUGGUUCGAAGGUAUUCUGUGGUUCAUACUCCAAGAAUGGAGAGUUCUUCGUCACUGCCACACAAGAUAAGUGGUUGUACAUAUAUCGGACACGCAAUGGUAAUUUUACCUUGUACAGUCGGAUGCAAGCACAUGAUGUUGGCUGGAGUGUGCUGGACGUAGCGUUUAGUCCAAACGGUGAACAUUUUGCAUAUUCGAGUUGGGCGGACUGUUUAUAUCAGUGCAAUGUAUCUGGAGAUUCACUGGACACUCUACCAUUGUCCCCAGGGGUAAGGCGAUUUUGUGUUUUUUCCGUAGCCUUUUCAAGUGAUGGCACGGAAAUCCUUGGUGGCGCCAAUGAUCAGUGCCUUUAUGUAUAUGAUCUUGAGUGCCAGCAGCGAAUCUUACGAUUUGAGGGUCAUGAAGAAGAUGUAAACAGUGUUACUUUCGCGGACGAUAGCUCGCAGAUCUUUUAUAGCGCCAGCGACGACGGAUUAUGCAAGGUAUGGGAUAGGAGAAUGGUAAACGAAUCUAAUCCGCGUGCGGUUGGAGUGUUGGCCGGUCAUAGAGAUGGGAUCACAUACAUUGACUCACGCGGCGACUCACGAGCCCAGCAAAAUGCUCGCCAGCUUAUCGAGCGUCAGGAUUGGGAUUAUCGAUGGCAGCCUGUACCUCAACGAUUAUGGGAACGGGGCUUCUUAGAAGGUGAUACUAGUGUGAUGACGUAUUAUGGUCAUUCAGUCCGUAAGACUUUAAUACGUUGUCGCUUUUCGCCACCGGACAACACUGGUCAGAGAUACAUUUGCACGGGGGAUUCGACAGGUCGGUUUAUCAUAUAUGAUCUUCUGACGGGAAAGUUAGUACGCAAGAUAAGAGGUCACACGGGAUGCGUGCGCGAUGUUAGCUGGCACCCUUUGGAUUACAAUCUCAUUACCUCGUCUUGGGAUGGUAAAAUAGCCAAAUGGGAAUAUUGUGCAACCCAUGAUGCGACGAACGAAGAUGAGCAGCGACCUCCGCUACGACGGAGUAAGAGAAUAGCUGCACAAAGAAGAGCAAGGGCGCUCAAUGUAAUAUGAGGUUUUCCAUUUUCUAUCUUUUUCCUUUUCUUUUCUUUUGAAGCAAAUCUUCUGUUCGCGAUAUUGCUUAGAAAAAGAGAGAAUGGGGAAAACUUCUAUCAAUCUUUCCCAGAUGUACAUUUUUGAUGCGAUUCUUCGUCAGGAAUGUAAAUAGACAUUGUACAAGACUGAAUGACGAAUGUGAUUUUUAUAUCCGUCUCUGUCGUUGUGUUCGCAUAUUUUGCGAGAUUCUCACGAUCGAUUGAUUUUCUUCGAGCCGUUGGUAUAGAUUGAGUGAGAAUCGCUGUUCAAUCUGAAACGAUCGACACAAACUUAUGUGCACCACAAAAUUUCUUCCCUUUCUUUUUACGUUAUAAUAAGUAUUUUAUAUCGCGAAAUGUUCUAAUUGAACAAUCGCUAUCUAGUUUUUAUGGAAUCUUUGUUAAAUCUCUCUCAUAUCUUAUCUCAACAAACAUCACAUUUUGAUAAUUGCGAUUAGUUCUUAUUUUUUAUAAGGAAACACGCAAAUGUCAUUCUCUUCUGAGUUUUAUAUAUAUAUAUAUAUAUAU